CUCUGAUUGGACUGUAGACGAAACUUCUAGUUUGGACCCUCGUGUUUCGGACGCACUGGAUGGACACGGCCACGGCACGUUUGUCACUGGGCUGAUUGCAGCUACUGGCUCUGCAUCCAGUGGUGUGGACGCCAUUCUGUCGGCGUUUGGCGAUCACUCUCAUUGUCCGCCCGCUGGAAUGGCACCUUUUGCGGAUUUAUAUAUCUUUCGCGUAUUCACCGAUUCUCAAAUUUCAUAUACAUCAUGGUUUUUGGACGCGUUCAACUAUGCUAUCAGUUUGAAACUUCAUGUCAUUAACCUGAGUGUUGGUGGCCCGGAUUUUAUGGACCAGCCCUUCGUGGACAAGGUUUUGGAAUUGUCUUCCAACGGGAUUCUCCUUGUCUCAGCCAUCGGAAACGACGGUCCGUUGUUCGGUACCUUGAACAAUCCAGCUGACCAGAUGGAUGUGCUUGGCGUCGGUGGUGUCGACGCCACCGGUCGCAUCGCACGGUUCUCCUCGCGAGGGAUGACGACAUGGUCUCUUCCUUUUGGUUACGGUCAAGUCAAACCGGACAUUGUUUCUUUCUCAACCGGAGUCAUCAGCUCUGAUCUGGCUGGAGGUUGUCGAACGCUUUCUGGGACUAGCGUGGCCUCUCCUGUGGUUACAGGUAUUGUCGCUCUACUUGCUGAUGUAGCGCUGAAGCGGAAUGCCCAUCUCGCUGAUGUUCGGCUGUCCAAUCACAGUCCCCUCCCACUGGUUCCGCUCAACCCAGCCAGCAUCAAACAAGCGCUUAUUUCCGGAUCCACUCGCCUCUCCCACGUUCAGGUCUUCGGCACAGGUCCUCCCUUGUGGCCAGCUCACGUGGAUACGAGCAACAUUUUUGAACAGGGUGCCGGCUUAGUCAAUCUGAACCUUUCUUUCCAGAUCAUGCAGCGCUUGAGGCCGCAGGCAUCUCUAUUUCCGAGUGUUCUGGACCUGACUCAGUGCCCUUAUAUGUGGCCCUAUUGCUCUCAACCAUUUUACUACUCCAUGAGGCCGGUGGUAGUGAACAUAACCAUUCUAAACUCGAUGGGUGUCGUCGGUUACAUCAAGAAUCCUCCCGUUUAUCAUCCUUAUGUGGACCGCAGUGGACAUCGUCUGCGCGUCUCUUUCACAUAUUUGCCUCGCUUGUGGCCAUGGAGUGGUCAUUUGGCUAUUCAUCUUGAGGUUCAGAACGACCCACUGGAUUCUUUGCCCAGCGCGUCAUUCUACGGUACUGCAGAAGGUUUCGUCACAUUUACAGUGCAGUCGCGUGAUAAGCUGACUCGGGAAGUACUGAAGACGCAUCUGGCUUUACCUAUUCGUGUGAAAAUAAUACGCACACCCAGUCGAAUGCGUCGUAUCCUGUUCGACCAAUUUCACAGCAUCCGCUAUCCUUCUGAAUAUAUCCCUCGAGACGAUUUGACUCGAACUAGUGAACCUUUGGACUGGUUGGGUGAUCACAUUCACACGAACAUGCGCGAUAUGUACAUACAUUUGAUUCGGGCGGGCUACUAUGUUGAAAUCCUCAGUGAACCGUUCACAUGCUUUAACGCGAGCAAUUACGGCGCGCUACUUUUAGUUGACCCAGAGGAGGAAUUCUUUCCGGAAGAAGUGCACAAGUUGUUUCUCGAUGUAACUGAAUCCCAGCUCUCUUUGAUUGUGUUUGCUGAAUGGUACAACACAAGUGUCAUGCAGAAUUUGCGCUUCUUCGACACAAAUACCCGACGGAUGUGGAUUCCUGAAACGGGCGGUGCAAACUUGCCGGCUUUGAACGACCUGCUGCGCCCGUUCGGUGCUCAACUGGGGGAUGCUGUUUACGCUGGUCAUUUGUCCCUCGGACAUCGAACUGUACGGUACACCUCCGGUUCAAGCCUGAUACAGUUUCCAUGCACGAACAUUUCUUCUGUUUCCGGGCGCGGUGUGCUCUUGUAUCACCGGUUGGUCGAUUUGGGGGAGCAGCUUAUAAAGCAGCCACCUCAGAGUGCGUCCAAAACCCAUCCAUCCGCUUCGAACCGGAAAGAGGAUGCAGCGUCUUGGAGACUUGUUGCAUCUGACACCGAUCCCGAGCCUCCUGUGUUGGGGUUGUGGACGCCUGACACGUCACCUUCCUCAUCCGGUCGUCUCGUUGUCUAUGGGGAUUCAGACUGCUUGAGCUCAACUCACCUGUCAGCAGAUUGUUUCUGGUUGUUGCGCGCGUUACUGCAGUUUGUCACUAGCGACUACGGUCGCAUUCCACGCCCAAUUGCUGACAAAAUCGUCCCUUCUCCAUGUUCAAGUCUCGACUCUCGGGCCGGGGUCCCCCUACGGCGAGCAGGGUCGACCUUGUACCGAGUCAGUAAUGUGAUUAAAAAUAACCGCUCAUUCGAACCACUGCCAAAUGGAAGCUUACCGCAUGAAGCAUAUCGGCCACUGCGCAAUUGCUUAGCGCUUGCAUGGGCCACUGUACAGCCAGUCACACAUUCUCCGAUCAACGGAAUAUCCUACGCUCCUCGCCCUUUGUUACUCUACCCGAUGUUGGAUUUGCCACCGUUGGCUCUAAACUCAGUCUGCCACGCAGACCACAUUGAUAUAUCGAAACAAUUACCGCCCUCUAUUCACUCAACCUCCAGCACUACUGAGAUGUUAAACUUACCGGAUAUUCAAAUGGACGAAUUCGUUCUGUGA